UCAGGUUGUAAUGACUAAAGCAGGCAGCUGAAAAUCUUUUACGGUAGUUUCAAUUGUCCUGCAUUUCGCUUUAUAGUCCCGUGCCUGGAAACCACCUUUAUUUCCAUAACUAGAAAGUAAUGACAAGAAUGAAUUAAUCAACGGAUUACCAUGUUACCACGCUCGUUAAACUGCAAUCACGCGUCUGCUUUUUUGCCAAAAGAGUGAAACUAUUGGAUUGUUGUUAGAAGCGUUUUGCCAAUGUCUCUACUUUGCGUCAAAGUGAAAAAAGCCAAGCUCCAAGGACCUUCAGACAAAUUUAACACUUACGUGACUCUGAAGGUGCAGAAUGUCAAAAGCACAACUAUCACCGUGCGUGGAAAUCAGCCUUCCUGGGAACAAGAUUUCAUGUUUGAGAUUAAUCGUUUGGAUCUUGGGCUCAUUGUUGAGGUAUGGAACAAAGGCCUUAUCUGGGACACUAUGGUGGGGACAUCCUGGAUCCCUUUGAAGCAUAUUCAACAAUCAGAAGAGGAGGGCCAAGGUGAAUGGCUUCUACUGGAUGCAGAGGUCCUGAUGAAAGCAGAUGAGAUAUACGGCACCAAAAACCCGACCCCUCAUCGACUCUUAUUGGAUACUCGCUUUGAGCUGCCUUUUGACAUUCCAGAAAAUGAGGCACAGUAUUGGACGGACAAACUAGAACAAAUCAAUUCAAUGGAAAUCCAUAAUGAGUAUUCUCUUCAGGACGACGUGGACAGUCAUCCAUUACCCCCCACAGCUUCCCAGUGUUGCAACUAUUUCGGAUGGGCUGACUCACUCACUUUGGAUGACCAGGACAGUGCAGUGGAUGACCGGGACAGCGACUACCGCAGUGAGACGAGUAAUAGUUUGCCACCACGUUACCAUACAACAGCUCAGCCCAACUCAUCCGUGCACCAAUAUCCCAUUGGGCCUCGUCCACAUCACCUUCAAGACUCAUGUACUGACUCCCUCCACAGUUUUGAACUGGAAUACCGAGACCAAAGAAGCAGUCCAACGGAAAGUAGUCGCUUUGGGUCAUCAGGAAACCUGAGUCAGACCAGCUCUCAGCUGAGUGAGAUUGGUCAUGAAAGCACCGGAGGGUCAGAAAUCGAAGAAUCCUUCCAUUCCUAUCACAGCAGUAGUUUUUAUCCCUCAUCAAAUGGACAUUUUGCAACAAAUGGACAGUCUGCUGUUGGUGAGACUAUACCCUCGCUGUCCUUCGAUGCCAGACGAAGCUUGCAGAGUGACACUACAGCAGACAAAGUGUUGUCUAAACAUCAAAGGUUCCACGAUGAAGGGGCAUCUUUACCAUUUUCUCCAUCCAGAGUUCGCUGGUUGAAGGCCAUUAAUAAAGUCAGGGUCCAACUACGGGAGGUUUGCAGUGAUGAACCUAGUGCAAGACAGGCCUGGGUAAAACCAGGUGGUGGACAAGAGCUUUAUGGGAUUGACAGCAUGCCAGACCUUCGCAAAAAGAAGCCUAUCGCCUUGGUUAGCGAUGUGUCCCUUGUCCAAGCUCGGAAGGCCGGUAUUGCAUCUGCGAUGGCUGCACGAUCUUCCAUCAAGGAUGAGGAGCUGAAAAAACAUGUCUACAAGAAGACCCUUCAAGCACUGAUCUAUCCAAUAUCAUGCACUACGCCACAUAACUUUGAGGUGUGGACCGCCACAACACCCACCUACUGUUAUGAGUGCGAGGGGCUGCUGUGGGGCAUUGCACGACAAGGUGUCCGCUGCUCUGAGUGUGGGGUCAAGUGUCAUGAAAAGUGUCAUGAACUGCUGAAUGCUGACUGUCUACAACGUGCUGCUGAAAAGAGUUCAAAACAUGGAGCUGAGGACCGAACUCAGAAUAUUAUCAUGGCCAUGAAGGACAGAAUGAAGAUCAGGGAAAGGAACAAACCUGAAAUUUUUGAACUUAUCAGAGAAGUAUUCAUGAUCAGCAAAAAUAUCCAUUCGAAUCAGAUGAAGGCCAUCAAACAGAGCGUUUUAGAUGGUACUUCAAAGUGGUCUGCCAAGGUCACAAUCACAGUUGUUUGUGCCCAAGGGCUUCAGGCAAAGGACAAGACAGGUUCUAGCGAUCCCUAUGUCACUGUGCAGGUGGGCAAGACGAAGAAGAGAACCAAGACUAUCUAUGGCAAUCUCAAUCCAGUGUGGGAGGAAAAGUAUCACUUUGAAUGCCACAAUUCGUCAGACAGAAUCAAGGUACGUGUGUGGGAUGAGGAUGAUGACAUCAAGUCAAGGGUCAAGCAGCGUCUUAAGAGAGAAUCAGAUGAUUUCCUUGGCCAGAGUAUUAUUGAAGUCAGAACAUUGAGUGGCGAAAUGGACGUCUGGUACAAUCUAGAGAAGAGGACAGACAAGUCGGCUGUGUCAGGUGCCAUCCGCCUCCAAAUCAACGUAGAAAUAAAGGGGGAGGAGAAGGUGGCUCCAUACCAUGUGCAGUAUACCUGUUUGCAUGAGAACCUGUUCCACCACUUUACAGAUAUCCAUGGACACGGUGUGGUGAAAAUCCCCGAGGCACGUGGUGACGAUGCAUGGAAAGUUUAUUUUGAUGACGUGCCGCAAGAUAUCGUGGAUGAGUUUGCCAUGCGUUAUGGAAUUGAAUCAAUAUAUCAGGCCAUGACGCACUUUGCAUGCCUAUCUUCUAAAUACAUGUGUCCCGGCGUUCCUGCGGUGAUGAGCACCCUGCUCGCCAACAUCAAUGCCUUCUACGCCCACACAACCGCCUCCACCAAUGUGUCUGCUUCAGACCGUUUUGCUGCCUCCAAUUUUGGGAAAGAACGCUUUGUUAAACUCUUAGACCAGUUGCAUAACUCCUUGCGCAUUGACCUCUCUACCUAUAGGAACCACUUCCCUGCCAGCAACAAGGAUCGCCUCCAGGAUUUAAAAUCAACUGUGGACCUUUUAACCAGCAUCACGUUCUUCAGAAUGAAGGUCCAGGAGUUACAGUCUCCACCCAGAGCCAGCCAAGUUGUGAGGGACUGUGUCAAGGCCUGUCUCAACUCCACAUAUGACUACAUCUUUAACAACUGCCAUGAUCUAUACAGCCAACAGUACCAACCUCUGGAAAUGAACAAGGAGGAACUCUCUUUGGAGGACCAGGGCCCAAGUAUCAAGAACUUAGAUUUCUGGCCUAAACUCAUAAUGCUCAUUGUCUCCAUUAUUGAAGAGGACAGGAACUCCUACACACAUGUGCUGAACCAGUUCCCUCAGGAAUUGAAUGUUGGGAAGGUAUCGGCGGAAGUCAUGUGGUCAUUGUUUGCUCAAGACACAAAGUAUGCUAUGGAAGAACAUGAGAAGCACAGACUUUGUAAGAGUACUGACUACAUGAACUUCCACUUCAAAGUAAAAUGGCUCUAUAAUGAAUAUGUCAAGGAGUUGCCCAACUUUAAGGAUGUUGUUCCAGACUACCCAUCAUGGUUUUUGCCAUUUGUGCUUCAGUGGUUGGAUGAAAAUGAGGAUGUUUCCAUGGAAUUUAUGCAUGGAGCACUUGAGAGAGACAAAAAAGAUGGGUUCCAGCAAACGUCCGAGCACGCUCUUUUCUCUUGCUCCGUGGUGGACAUAUUUACCCAGCUCAACCAAAGCUUUGAGAUCAUCAAGAAAUUAGAAUGUCCUGAUCCUAAUGUCAUGGCAAAAUACAGUCGCCGCUUCUCCAAGACUAUUGCUAAAGUUCUUUUGAAGUACAGUGCCAUUCUUAACAAGAGUUUCCCUUCGUACGUUGACAAGGAGAAGAUUCCCUGUGUCUUAAUGAAUAAUGUGCAGCAAUUGCGAAUCCUGCUGGAGAAGAUGUUCGAGUGCAUGGGUGCCAAACAGCGCAAUGAGUUGAUGGAAGAGGAAGAGCAGGAAGCUGAAGAUGAGGUGGGGUUUCAGAACAAUCUGGUGAGAACUGGUAAUGAGGAACAAAUGGCUCUGUGCAACACUAGAAUGCUUUCAUGUCAGCUUGAGGAGAGCGAAGAGGAGGAGGAGGAAAGGGAGAAAGACAAACUUCAGACUGGCGGGGAGAAGCUGGAUACUUUUGUAGAGAAGAUGGACACUGAGGCAAGUGAUCUGUUGACCGAUUUGCAAGUGAAACUGAACAAUGUGCUGGAUGAGCUCAGCAGCACAUUUGGGAACAGUUUCCAGAGUCGCAUCCAUGAAUGCAUGCGUCAGAUGGCGUCUCUACUUUACCAAAUAAAAGGCCCGCUCAAUGCCAACACCAAAAACCAGGUUGAGGCGGACUCUGAUAACAUGCUACGGCCACUUAUGGAUUUCCUUGAUGGGAAGUUGACUCUGUUUGCUGCCAUUUGUGAGAAGACUGUCCUGAAGCGUGUGCUCAAGGAACUAUGGAGGAUUGUGAUGACCAACCUAGAGAAGACUAUUGUCCUGCCUCAGGGCAAUGACACAUUUGGCGCACAAAUACUCUCAGCUGCAAAAGACCUUGGUCAGCUUUCCAAACUCAAAGACCACAUGGCAGGAGAGGCAAAGAGUCUGUCUCCACGGCAAUGUGCAGUUAUGGAUGUUGCACUGGACACGAUUAAGCAAUACUUUCACGCAGGAGGGAAUGGUCUCAAGAAGGCCUUCCUGGAGAAGAGUCCUGAGCUCUCCUCACUUCGCCACACCUUGUCCCUCUACACUCAGACCACCGACACACUUAUCAAGACAUUCGUGACCACUCAGCAUGAACAAGUGCACAAUGGAAAAGGUAUAAGGUUAACCUCCAAUGAGAAAAUAAAGCCAAGCAGUGGAUCAGGUGUAUCCAACCCCAUUGGUGAGGUGUCUAUCCAGGUCGAACUCCAUACUCAUCCUAAAAGUGGGGAGCGUAAAGUGUCCGCCAAAGUUGUGGCAGCCACUGAUCUGAAAUGGCAGACAAGUGGAAUGUUCAGGCCCUUUGUCGAGCUCACCAUGAUCGGACCACACCUCAGUGACAAAAAAAGGAAAUUCCAGACAAAAUCUAAGAACAACAGCUGGUCUCCCAAAUUCAAUGAGACCUUCCACUUCAUUCUGGGAAGUCAGGAUGGUUUUGAGUGCUAUGAGCUACAAGUGUGUGUCAAGGACUACUGCUUUGGUCGAGCCGACCCUGUGAUUGGGUUGUCUGUGAUCCAGUUAAGAGACAUCAUGGAGAAGGGCAACUGUGCCUGUUGGUGCCCACUGGCUCAGUGCAUCCACAUGGACGACACCGGUCUCACUGCUAUACGGAUUUUGUCCCAGCGCUCAAACGAUGAUGUUGCCAAGGAAUUUGUACGGCUUAAGUCUGAAACUAGAUCAGCCGAAGAGGAAAGAUGAGAUGGUGGGGAGAUCCCUCCUCAAACUGCAAAAUAAUUGACUGUUUUAUGGCACCUUAUCAAGAACACAUUCACACUAUCUCAUUGGGAAAUCCCACAAACACGCUUUGUGUUCUUCAACCUCACAGGUUUUAAGGUUUUUUCUUCUUUUUAAAACACUAAUUAUCACCAUAAGCUCAAGUUCUCACACAUUCAUUCUCUCCACAAAACCCUCCUCCAACAUGACCACCAACUUUGAUGCCUUACAUCCAAAGUCAAAACUGUUAACGUGUCAAGUGGAGUUGUUUGAAUGCUGAAUUUCCACUUUGGUGGAAAAAUCACAAUCAAAUUUGUCUCAAGCAGUGUCAAAGGUUAUUGAUAGCAGCAACUAUUUCAAGAAAAGUCCUUUUUUUUUUUUUUUUUUUUUUUUUUUUUUUAAUCACUUGAUGAUUUUCUGUGCCUUGUUGUGCAGUUGGACGUUUUUCCACACCAGUGAGAAAGCUCCCCGAUUCCCUUCACAACACACCAUAGGAAUGUCAUAUUAUUAGAGGUAAAAUAAUAAUUUAUAACUCCUCAUGAAUACUAACAUUCAUGGUGAUGCACAAUGUGCUGCCAUGGCAGGAAGUGCUUUUCACUUAUUUAUUUUUUAAACAUUUAUUUAUGGGGUCCAUGUUAGGAUUUGUUGUUGAAUUUGCACAGUUAUUGCUGCUGAAGUGUUGUUACAAGUUGAGAAUCCUCACAAUAACCUUACACCUUAGUAUUUGCUAUUAAAAGCUAUCUUUUUUUUUGUUGUUCACACGAAUGAAUUAGUACACUUUAUCUUUGAAGCAUUUUCUCUUUCCUAAAAAAACAACAACAACAGCAACUCGGCAGCAAACCUUUCAUUUAAAAGUGUUUACUUACCAAUGUUUACAAGUAGGUGGGUGACAAAUUAGAGGCUCAGUGUGUAAACCAUAAAUGAUGAUGCUUCCAUAGAGGAACUAUUUGGGAGUCUUUGACUUUACCAGUCCACUGUUUUCAAAACGCAUGAAAUGAAGGAAAAAUCUUUGGAAAGCUUCCAGACUUAUGAAAAUGUGAAGAAUCUGUAUAGAUUUAUGCGCAAGUUUGUCACCCAACCUGUUUUCUUGUUCUGUUUUCUACUGCUAAUGAUUUCGGUUGCCUUACUGUGAUUGAAAACGUUUAUUUAUUAUUUUAAACCCUUAAUAGAUUAUUUUACCUAUCCACUGUGAGGUUUUCUACUUCUUAACCCAUUCUUGUAUUGCAAGUGGUAUUCCUUUUUUCUACUUUUUAUCUUUUGUCUCUGCAAAUGUUAUUUGUCCCUAUUUUUCUGUCCCUUUGUGAAAUCAUGUACGUAUGUCUAAUGUUUUUAAUUAUUUAGAAACAUAGUAACUGGAAAAUAUGUUUAGUUUGAUGCUAAUACGAAUUCAUCUGUGCCAUCAAAUCUGAAGGCAAAAUGUUUUAUUUGUCCCUCCUGAUGAAGCAAGUUUUACCAAUAUGAGAACCUCGAUGUGGAGCAGUUCUUUUUAACAGUUGAUAACCCUAUUGAAAUGAAGUAGAUUAAAUUUGUAACUGUA